UUCGGUUGUGAGCAAAAGGUCAGGUGACUGUCUCCCGCACGUGCUGCUCAGGCUACUAGCCAGUGGUGUCAGGAAGGGCUUCCACAGCUUUAUAUAAAAAGUAGCGGUCUCAGUCUGUCGUCUGCUGGAUAAAAUACCAUCGUUAGUUACUCUGUGCCAUGGAAGUCUCUCCUGUCACAGGAGCGGCUGUCAUCUAGAUGUAUUCAUCUGUUUACAAAGUGAGACGCAUUCUUAGUACAGGUACAAUCACUACAAGAUAAAUGAUUAUCGUAAAAGAACUUAUUCUGACUACUUAUGGAGCUAGGCCGUUCGUCAGACGAAUACUUAUAACAAGAAUUGGCUUGGCUGAGUUGUAAAUCUUUUACACACUGAAUGAUGGCCGAAGAGAAGAAAGGUUCGGACACAAUGAAAGAGUUAAGAGACUGGCUUGUUACCAAAUGUCGUCUGCCCGGCUUCGGGAGUGACCAAAACCGGGACGGAAAUGCCCGAAAGAAUGGGUCAAGUGACCGAUGCGCUGCUCAGCAACAACAACAGCAGCAGCAGUUCGUAACGAAUGUCGUCACACCUCGGACUAUUCCGCAAUUUAUCAUUCCUGGAUCUAAUGACUCUUCACGGCAGCCCAGUGUUGGUUCUAACGAUGAUCUGGUAAGUCACUCCAGCGGAGAGCCCAGCGUGACGUCCUGGUCGGCCUCCACCAGCCCCGGAGUUUCCCCGAGAUCUUCAUUUUCAGCGCUCGCCGCUCCAGAAAUAAGCUUGGUGCGCAUACGCUCGGCACCCGUAUCUCCCCGCAGGGACUCGCACGGUUUCCUACGAGAUUUUGGAGUGCGGUCUAUGUCCAACCUGCCACACCUACCUGUUGACCAUGCACCUAAUUUUACCAGCCAUUCUUCGUCGUCGUCGGUGAAGCGAAACUCAAGCGGCAACUGCGGGCUAAAUAGAAGCGGGUCAAACAGCAAGGAUUCCAUGAGUUGCCAUAGGAAAGGAUCACUGACAAUCCCCACUUCGGAAUACCGAUCCAGACCCCGAAGAAUGCACAGAUCAUUUCAAGACUUCUAUGCUUCCGAGGAGCGGAUUCCCUCUUCGUCUUUCUCGAACGUAAACCAUUUAACAGCGGACUACAGGGGAACCUACUCUGGCUUAACUGAUAAAAACGAGUAUCUGCCAAUGAAAGAAUCUUUUCGCAGGUCCAAGCGUUAUUACCGGCGACGCUCUUCGCUAGUCACAAAGGAUGUCAUAAGGUUGCUUUGCCAUCAUCAGGCCGGACCGGAAGGUAGUGACUCUUGCGGAGGUAGCCCCCAUCACGGGAGGAACCGGAAACAGCUGGCUCCAAUCGAUCCAUUCCAGGACAAAAGACACUCCUCUCCGGAAGUUGUCGUCACCGAGAGACAGAUCAUCAAAGUGGAGCGGUCUCACUCUCUCGAAAAGCCCAAGACAAAUGACUUAAACUUUAUCUCUGACGUGGUGUCCGACCCAGUGGCUCAAAUUUCACGAGCAGUGAAAACCGAAACUGAACGAGGCGAUGUCAAGUUUUCAUUUCAGUACUUUCCCGCCACCAAGAGGUUAAAGGUUAUCAUCAUCAGAGCAGAAGGUCUCAAAUUCCCCGAAAAACCGGAUCUCGUGCUCAACCCAUUCUUCAAGAUCUGCCUGAUGCCUGGCAAGCUGCAGAAACAGACGUGUGAGCCGGCCAGGCAGACGUGCAACCCAGUUCUGGAUAAGGAAUUCUUUUUCACUGACCUGAACCUGGAAGAGAUGAAGAAUCUAAGGCUGAGGAUACUAGCCUUCCACAAAGCACAUCACCUCAAGUUGCCAGAGUAUCUUGGAGAGGUCAAUGUGCCACUUUCAAACUACGACCUACUGAUGGAGAACCGUAUGUGGAAUGAUCUUCAUUUCAAGCCUUAUAAAAAGGAUCUGGGUCACCUGCAAGUGGAACUAUUGCUGGACUCCAGAAUGACUAGACUUUUAGUUGGCGUGGCACAGGCCAGAGGUUUACCCAGCCAGCACUUAACAGGAGCACCUGAUCCUUAUGUCCGAGUGGCCGUGUGGCAGUUUGGUCAGCUUAUCACUCAGUUCCAGACCUGUGUUAAGAAAAAUACGACAGCACCUGCCUUCAACGAAACAUUUGAAUCUCAGAUCAACAUCCGGUCCAAAGCCUUGAGCCACACCAGGGUUACAUUCAGCGUUCACGACCGCGAUAGACUCCGGGGGGACCCGCUGAUCGGGCACGUCAUCAUGGGGCUUGGGGCCACCGAGGAGAGCGUCAUCGAACACUGGGAGGAGGUGAUGGUGGGCAAUGGUCGGAAGAUCUGUCGCUGGCAUUACAUCAUGGACAAAGGUGAAACCCACGAGUGCUGAACUGACCAGUGGUCAUUUAUUUGGAGAAUGAAGAUAUACAUUGUUCGGUCAUUAGUCACUGAGAUGGACAGUGAUUAUUUUGCUGGACAAUGGUCAGUACAAAGCUUCAUUUAUACAGAACACCCUCAUUCAGUUGAUAUUGGUUUCUUGAUAAUUGAUUACUUUAGAAACCAACUAAAAAAAAAAAAAACGGUUGUGAUGUUAAAGCGCUACAUUUUUUAUUCCAUGUUUACAAAGUAAUACUUAAUGAGAACAAAAUAAUUUCUCACAAAUCGCAUUCUUUUAAAUAAAAAAAAAGUGAUUUAGAAUUUUUUAAAAGUUUCUAUCAAUAUUGAGUUAUAAUUUUUAAAAAAAUUUAAUUCGAUAUUUAAUGACCAGAAGAUCUAGCACGUUAACAAGAGAAAAACGUCUGACAAUGAAUUUAGUUUUGCUUAAUGAUUUAAGUGAGUUGAUGGUUUGAUGAAACAACAUGUACAAUCAGGAGAGUUUGAAAAGUUACUUGAAAUCAGAUUCUAGGCCAUGUUGUACAAUGUUCUAAUUAAUAGAUUUAUUUUAUAAACCUUCUCUCUUCGUAUGCAUUAUGGUUCAUGAAAUAGCAACGACUUUCAACUGAUCUGUGAACUCAUUACAUUCUAUUAGCUAUUCUAAUUUUUUGUUUACUACCUACGUGUCUUGAUUUGUGUUUGUAGCUUACUUUAUAUCCUGGAGAGUCGAGCGAAAAACUGAGCAAGGUUGGAAAAGGGAGAGAAGCCGGAGUUUUAGAAAAGGGAAGGGGUGAGAACUGAGUGGAGUGAACUGCAGAUCCUUCUAAAAAAGACAUAAACUUGCAGAAAACAAAGAUAUCUGUUUUGUUUGAAGAUUGACUCAGCGUCAUGACAGUUUAUCAAACAGCUCAAUCUAAGUUCAACUUGUGUUUACCCUAACAAGAGUGAAAGCUUUAUCCAAGAGAUUAAUGAGAUGAACAAUGUCAAACAUGCCCAGAUCAUGUACUAGUAUAUAUAGAACAGAGUGGACCGAACUAUGUGCGUAUAUAACUGUAUUACAAGUUUUCUUUCUUUUACAAAGAAUUUAAAGCUAAUAUCAAUAUUACUAAGAUUCUACAUUAUUUUUACAGCACAAAAUCAGAGACUAUCUAUUAUCUAUUCUCUACUUACGACUACAAACAUAAUGUUGACUGACUGUUUCUUCUCUCAAUGCUACAUUGGUUUCUAUUGUCGUAAAAAUGUUUUUUUUCCCACAUUAAGAAAUUGAACAACAAUUGAUGCAUGAUUUUGUUUUUUCAAACGAAUCUGUUUUUGUAAGCUUCUAUUUUAUUAAAGAAAAAUUUC